CCGCAUGCUAUGGGCCCGAUUUGGGGGCCGAUGGGGCCGACCCUGGGGUGGGGCCUGACGGGGCCACAGCAUGCGGGGAAGGUUUUUCGAUUCGAAACCAAAUGGAGGCCAGUUCUGGAUCGUCAUUUUUAGCGACCGCCGUGCCAUCGUGCAUAACAUUAAUCGCGAUGGCAUGGUGGGCAGAGAAGUCGCUUGUGUUUUUGGCGUGAAGACAAAAAAACCGCCAUGACCUCACUACCCCCGCUGAGGCGGCUAUUAUUGGUACUAUUUAAAAAGAUGAAUAACGCAACCAUCAUGUGUGUGCAUGAAGAUGAUCAUGAAGUUGGGCAGACUUCUUGCCGGUCCAGGCCGGCGCUAAAGGCCGCGCGGAAGGGACGAAAGUCAGAUGAGAAUAUCAAACCUACAUCAUUUUUGUGGCGAUUUGCAGAGUUACACACAUUGAUUUGCUUCGUACUCGCAGUCUAUCGGCUACGUUGAUAUACUGUGUCCUUUCGAGGAAGAUGUGCGAUUGAUGAAACCUCUACCUUUCAACAUUUCCUCCGGCUUCGGCAACAUGGUUUUAUU